AUGGAGCUAUUAUAUCUCUUAAAAGUAGCUCUAUUUUAUUCACAUAUUUCAAACUUUUCGCCUUGGCAGCCUCUUGGUUUUCAUUCUAAUUUUCAGGAUCCGAGCUUUCAAGAAAUUCCUUCUGAAUCAAAUUUCGAAGGUUAUACACAACGAAUUGGAAUUGAUAUCACAUUAAAUCAAAAUAUCUCUAGUACAUAUCGUAACUCACAAGAUUUCUAUUCUUCAAGUAUUACAAUCGAAAAUGCUAAAUUUGAUAAUUUAAAUGCCUUUGGAGGCGAUUUCGCUGGUCCAUUAGGCGGAGCCAUAUAUACAUAUAUGUCGAAUAUGCUAGUUCAAGGUUCAACGUUCUGUAAUUGUAAAGCAUCUACAGGUGGUUCAAUUUUAACAAUAGAAACCAAUAUCCUUAUGAUGAAAACUAAAAUUGACUCGAAUAUUGCCUACAAUGACGGCGGUGGAAUUUACUUCCAAGGCAGUUCUUCCUCUCAAAUAACACUUCAGAUUGUUGAAACAAGUUUUCUUAACAAUAUAGCUUUUGCUUCCGGUGGUGCCAUAUGUGUCGAGUCUCAAUCCAACGUAUACUUACAGAACGUUCAAGCUUUUUAUAAUCAAGCUCAUAUCCAAGGCGGCGCUCUCUUCGUUGCUAACUCUGACAUUAAUAUCUUUUAUUCCAAGUUCCAGAAAAAUAUUGCCGGCCAUACAACUUUCAAUACUGGACACAAAACUAUAAAAUUUACCUUUGGAAUGCCAAGAUUCACAGCAAGAGGAUGCGGUGGCUUUGCACAUAUAGCUUCGAACCAAGGUAAAUAUACGAUCCAUACAAACAAUAACUGUUUUCGAGAUAAUUACAUGAUCAACGGAGCAAUUUCGACGUUGGACAUAAAGAAACCAAACCAGACUUCGGAUGACAAUAUAGGCAAGGAUGUCAUGAUCGAAAACAACACAUUCUGGAUUUCAAUUGAGGAUCAAAUUGGAGAUUAUCUUUUCCUUUCAUCUGAGUUUACCAAGUGGAUGUUUACGGGUAACCAAACGAAAUGUGAUGAAGAAGUAGGCAGUAAUACCACUUUCUUUAGUACUUUAAUGGAAGGCAAAACAUAUACCAACGGAACUACAAAAUUUGAUUAUGCCAGAUCAUCUAACAACGCUCCGGAUGCAACAGUAUCAUCAGUUCCAAGCCCGACAGGUUAUACAUAUUACGCCACACCAAUACAUAUAACUACUCAAACAAAAACUUUCUAUGCAAAAAGUUCAAUGUGGCAGUUUAUUACAACAAUCACUGUCCGCCAAACAUUUGGUUCAACACCAUUUUCAACAGUUCACUCAACAGCACAUUUAACACCUUAUAUAACACCACAUUCUACACCUCACUCAACAGCUUAUUUCACUCCCCACUCAACAGCACAUUCAACUCCCCAAUCGACACCAAUUAGGACCAUAAAUCCAUCUCCAACAUUUUUACCUCCAUAUGAACCUCCUCCUGCCACAGAAAAUCCACUUAAUGGCAAUAUUCCUGAUUUCUUAAUUGUUAGUCCCUAUAAUACAACAAUUGUUUCAUUCACAGCCAUUCCAACAAAUUUAUCAAAUACUUAUACUUAUUUGAUAACAGAGACAACAGCAUUAUCACCAAUAUUCAAUGGAACUACUGUCACUUACACAGUUACAAGUUCAUUUACAACAACAGCUACAGAGAUUGAAUCAACAAAUAGUAUAUAUGUUCCAACAUUUAUAGAUAACCAAACUUCAUUUACUUACAGUCGCAUAAAUACAUCAACACAACUUUAUACAUGGAGUUUUACAACUUCAGCAAGUAAUGUUGUCACUGUAACAUAUACUAAUACCAAUGCAACAUUUACAAAUACAACCAUAAGCAGUAAUGGAAUUUAUUCUGCUUUUUCACUAAUACAUAUAACUACUCUAACAUAUACAAAUAAUUCAGGUAAGCCAUCAUUGACGUAUACAAAAACAGAAUAUUACAAUUUAACACAAGCUGGACCUGGUACAUCUGUACUUUUUACUUAUAUCAAAGGUGAUGAUUAUUCAAUGCAGACAAUUACAUAUACAACGACAGAUUAUAAAGGUUCAACAUUUACGCUAUCAACACUCUCCACACAAACAAUUCCAAGUAUUAGUACAUUUGUUCCAAGUAAUCCAUCAACAAUAGUUCAAAUAAACACUAAUAUUAUCACAGGCUCAAAUAUCAUUACUUCAGGAAUAAGUUAUUUCAGCGGAUACCUUAAAGCAACAUCUAACACAUACGUAGAGAUUUACGCACCAUCAUAUUUACUUUCAUCUACAUUGACAACAGUAGAUCAAUCAGAAACAUAUACUUAUACAAUUGUUACAAGUUUGACAAAGACAUAUUCAUCUGUCUCAUUCGGCCAAAUUUAUGUCUCUUAUAUAUCAAUAUCAACAAAUUACGAAACUAGAACAACUUCAGCAACAGUUGUUUCUACAAAUGUUACAUAUACAUUGACAAAUACAUUUAUAAAUUCAUCAACUUUAUCAUAUUCACUUGAAAAUGGAAAAAUUUACACACUUUCACAAACAACUAUUAAACAUAAGUCUAUUCCAUUUAUAACUGCCAUAUUAAGUCCAAUGAUAACAAUGACUUCUACUUUUACAAAUGUUUCAAAUGUUAUGACAUAUACUUUUACAGAAGCUAUAUAUAAUGCCACUCAAAUUAAUGCACCAUUUUAUACAUUAGAUACAUUAGAUAUCACUUAUGUUGCAUCAGCAAUACCUUCAACAACAAGUUAUGCACAAAUCAAUACCAGCACUUCAGUUAUAUCACCAACAAUUACUAAUAUCUCUUAUCCAAUCAUUAAUGCAACAACAUUUAAUAAUUAUGAAUUCUCUAAUCUUUUGAAUGUUUCUACUAAUACAUCAACAUUUGCAAUUCUUGAAACAGAUACACUAGUUCCGACAAUAACUGACCAUUAUACGGCAUCAGCAGCAUUUAUAAGUGAAAUAUGGACAAACCAAAGUGUAUAUAAGUCAACAAUUCAUGAUAAAACAAUGGCUUAUAUGAAAACAAAUACUUUCACAAAGGUUAUCACAAAUAUUCCACAAGGUUCUAAAAUAUCUACAGUAAUAAAUGUUUCUGCAAGAACAUAUACACAAGUAUAUAAAUAUACAAAAACAAUGACAAUACCAGAUGAUCUAGGAUUAUCACCAACUCAUACAUUCGAAAAAGAAAUUUUCUCAAUUAGUACAAUAUCUGUUUCAGGAUAUUCACUUAUUCAUAAUACGACGCUUUCUAGUACUCAAACAACAUUUUACUUCCCAUAUUCAACUGCGACUAUAACAAAUACAAUUGUUGAUGUACCAUAUUCAAUAUACAAUGGCAAUUUAACAUUAACAAUAAAUCAAACUGCAACAAAUAUUAGUACAGUGCUGAGUACAAUGACUGAAUCAUUAAUAUAUAUUACUUCCACAACAACAUUGGAAAAUGUAUACCAAAUAGAUACCAGUAAAUCCACUAAUACUCUAAAAGCAGUAAAAACUAAUGAUGCAUCUCUAAUCACAACACCAAUAGCUCCAGUUAAUAAAUACACUCCAUUUAUCGCAACACCAAAUCCAACCAUAAAUCUUUUAUAUACUAGUACUCUAACAGCUGUAAAAGUACCAAUAAAAACUAAUGUAGCAGCAUAUUCUUAUACAAUAGCAAAAGUUUUAAACACAAUUACAUCAUAUUUAACAGCAAUAACAUGCUAUUCAUCAUUCUUAACUUCAAUAGAAGGCACAAUAACAGAAACAUAUGACCAAACAACUUCAUAUACAAUAACUUAUAUUUAUGCAGGAAAUGAUCCAAUUACAUAUACUGUUUAUAUACAACAUGGUACAAAAGAAAUAUAUACUUAUUCAUUUAAUAAUUCAGAAACAUACACAGAAUAUUAUGUUUGGUCAUACAAAACAUCGUCUGCUCUCACUUAUUCACCUACAUCGGCAUCUACAUAUACAAUUAUUUAUAGUGGAGUACAAAGAACUGCAAAUGAAUCAUUUGGAACUGUAGUUUAUAUCCCUUCAUAUUCAUAUUUCGCAACACAAAGUACUAUUACUUUAACAUUAGUUCCAUCCAUUUCAGAUAUUUCUGUUGGAACAGAUACAUUCACUCUCAGUGCAACAUUUUCUGAAAUUGCAACUAAUUACACUAUAACAAAUGCAAGCAUAUCAACAACUUACACAAAAGUCACUGCAAUUCCUCCUCCAAGAACUCCUUCAAUGACACCACUUCCAACUCAAUUACCACCAAAUGAACCUGGCUAUACUUACACAACAACAGAUACAAUUGUUCCACAAAGUACUAACACAAACAAGACAACAAUCACUUCUAGUUGGUCACAUGUUGGUUCUACAACUAAUAUAGUAAAACCAACAGAAUCAGACACUUAUUCAUUUACUUUGACAGAACAUAAUGAUACUAUCACUUACACAAAUACUUCUGUUAAAACAAUUGUAAAUAAAACUGUUCCUAAACCAGCUGAUGUAACUGUUACAGAAGUUGCAGUAACAACAGAAACACAAACAAAUUACACAGAGAAAUCAACAGUUACAACAAUUAGUUAUCAAUACGGAAAUGCAACACUGAGCGUUACAAAUACAAAUGUUACUGUACCAAAAGUAACUGAUACUACAACACAAACGAUUAUAUCAGAUUACAUAUCUGUUACAUCAACAAACACAGUAAUUCCUUCAGAAACAGAGACACUAACAAAUACAUUUACAACAAUAUCAUUUGAUAACAAAAACAUUACAACAUACACACAAACAUAUGUUCCAACAAUAACUAAUGUCAGCACAACAUUAACUGAAGGACACACGUUUAUUAACAAAGUUACAAACACAACAAUUAAUUCAACAAUUGUUGAGUCAACAGAAGCUAAAUCAACUAUUACUUUUGUUAUUUCUAAUUUACCAGAAAGAACUCCACAAUUAACACGAACACCAACUCCUCCACCUCCAAGAACUCCUAUCAGAACUCCUGAACAAACUCCAUCAACACCUGCACAAACUCCUUCAACAGAUUUCACAGUUGUAGGAACAAUUAUUGAGACACAAGUUAAUGAUACAACAGUUAUUGUCACAAGAACCUUUGUUGUUACACAAACAUUGACAAGUGAAGCUCAUUCAGAUAGUACAAUUUUCUACAGUACAGAAACAUUGAAAGAAACAGAUGUAAGUGUAGUUAUUUUCACUUUGAUCGAUACAACAACAAACGUUGUUUAUUUCUCUAUUGUAAAUGAUGGACAAACAAGUGAUGUUUCCAAAGGAUUGCCACAAACAACAAUCAUCAUUUUGGCUGUAAUUGGUUGUGCUGUUAUUUUCGCAAUUGCUUUCAUCGCUUUGUUCAUGUACAGAAAGUACAGAGAUAAAUCCGAUUCAACACCUUCGUUGGAGAGCCAGGAAACAGAUGAUUUAUACGCUGUUGACAAUGAAACAAGGACUUCUAUCAUUGCUACAUUUAAUAAUGAAGAUGAAAAUGAAAUGCUCACGACAUUUAACUGCAUUACAACAAAUAGUACAGUUACGGAAGGUGAUGAAGAUAAUGCAAGCCAGUUCAAUGACGAAGAUGAUAUGUUCCUUAAUGGCGAAUUUUAA